UUUUUCGUCCACCGUCGUCUUCUAGGGUUUACUGGUCGCAGCAGGGAGAGGGGGAGCGAGAGAGCAGCGAGAUGGUUAAGUUUUUGAAGCCAAACAAGGCUGUCAUCAUCCUUCAAGGCCGCUACGCUGGCCGCAAGGCCGUCAUCGUCAAGAAUUUUGAUGAUGGCACUCGCGACCGUGCAUACGGCCACUGUUUGGUUGCAGGGAUAAAGAAGUACCCGGCAAAGGUUAUCAGGAAGGAUUCAGCCAAGAAAACAGCGAAGAAGUCACGAGUCAAGUGCUUCGUCAAGCUUGUCAACUACCAGCACUUGAUGCCUACGCGUUACACCCUCGAUGUGGAUUUGAAGGACACUGUGAACCUCGAUUCUUUGCAGAGCAAGGACAAAAAGGUCGCUGCUUGCAAGGAGACCAAAGCAAAGUUUGAGGAGCGAUUCAAGACAGGCAAGAACAGGUGGUUUUUUACCAAGCUUAGGUUUUGAAUGGUUUUGUCGCUGUUAGAUUUUGUUGGAUCUGAUGUCUUUUGAAUGCUAAGUCCUAGUACGGUUUUGAUGAGACUUUUAUUUCUUGGAUUAUAUGUAAUAGUUUGUUACGAUUGAAGUUCUUGGUUGUUAAAAAUAUUUUGAAUCUGUAUCGGGGCUUAUUUAUUGUUCAUGAAUUAUAUUGUUUUAUGCUAUAUUUAUCUGUUUGUGUUUA